AAGAUCUGGAGCUACCGAGGGAGAGAGGGCCGCGAGAUUGGGUGUGAGAGCGAGCGAUACUACGAGAGAGCGAUAGGUGUGUCCGUCGCCCGGGGUCGGAGAAGACCUAAACAACAUGGAGACGGACAGAAGCAUGGGCAGCACAGAAACCUGGGAGACUCGGGCCGCUGAGCUGUUUACUGUGUGUGACCGGGAGUGCAAGGGCUUCAUCACUAAACGGGACCUGCAGCAUCUUUGGGGCGAGUUGCCGCUGGAUCCUGACGAACUCGAGGCCGUUUUCGAUUCCCUGGACAAAGAUCACAAUGGCUUCCUCAGCUUGCAGGAAUUCACGAACGGGUUUGGCUCACACUUGGGGCUGGUGAUCGAGUUCCAGGCCGACUCUUCCAGCAGCAGCUCUGAGGGGGAACAGCUGCUGGAGGCCGGUGACGAGGGCGGCGUGGAGGGCGGGGGCGUCGAGGGCCAGCUGGACGGCAUCCUGUCCAUCCUCGCCUCGCAGGACCUCGAUAGCAACCCUGCCCUCCACCCCCCCCUCAGCUCGGCCGUGGUGGAGGCUGUGUGGCGCGAGAUUGGGGGUGCGGGGGUCAGCAUGGAGCGUCUAGUGGCGGCCCUUCUGCAAGAGCUAUCCCGGGUGAGACUGGAGCACGGCCACCUGGAGGCAGCGCUGGCCACCAAGACCGACCAGUUCAACCAGCAGGUGUCCCGUCUGUACGAGGAGCUUGAGGCGCAGAUCAGCGGGGAGCAGGCGAAGGCGGCGAAGGAGCUCCGGCAGAAGGGAGCCCGCGCCCUGGCUACGCUGGAGGAGGAGGUGGCUGAGCGGGACGCGGCUCUGCGGGCGCUGGAGGAGGAGCAACAAUCUCUUCGGCAGCGGCUGGAGCAGGCGGCGGCGGCGGAGGUGGCGGCCAGGCAGGACAACCUCAGACUGGAGCAACACCUGACCCGCCUGGAGGAGGACUUGCUGCGGCGGGAGGCGGAGGUGGAGGAGCUGAUGCAGGCGCUCGACAUCCACAGGAGGAACACCAAGAACGAGAAGCGACGCCGCGCCCAACACGCCUUCAAGGUGACCGAGGGCAUCGCGAGGGAAAGGGAGAGCCUGGUCACACAACUGGAUCUCCUGCGCACCAUCAACACGCAGCUAAGAGACGAACAGGACCAGACCGUGCCGUGGAGCCUGAGGGCAAGAGAGAGGGCGGAUCUAGGCGGCGUCGGAGGAGGAGGAGGAGAAGAUGACUACCGCUCCCUCAGCCCACCUCCCCACAGCACUGACCUCCGCUCCCACACCACCAGCCCGCCACCGCCGCGCCCUUCGUCCCUCCUGCACCUUCCCCUCAUCUGCUCUCCGCGCACGGGCAGCGGCGGGACGGGCAGCGACUGUGAACACGACGACGACUACUUCUCGGGCGCCGGCGUGGGUGUGGAGGGUGAUUCGCCUGUGGCCGCGUCCCCGGGUGAGGUUAGCCUCCUGCAUGAGAUCCUGAGCCAGCCGCCCCUGUGUGUGGAGUGUGGCGGCGCCCUCCCUCGCAGGCCCUCCGAGCACUCAGUAGCCAUGGGGACCUCCACCUUGCGGCCCUCACUGCUGCGUCGCCAGGAGUCCUUCACGCAGACCUCCCCCACGGCAGAGACCUCGCCGCGGAGCAUAGAUACCCUUGUGAACGACCCUGUGCCCAACGGAGACGCGGAGACCAAUAAGAGGAGGCAUUCUGAGGGCGAUGCUGCCGCUCUGCCUCACCUCAAGAAGUGCAUCUGUAGCUGGCGAGUCAAGAUCACCUCCUCCCCGGCUCCUACUCGCUGGUUCUCCUCCUCCUUGGUCGUGUUCCAGCCUCGGCACACCCACACACCCAACCCACACCUGCAGGGCCUCACCACACACCAGCAGGGCCACAAACACACCUCCACACACCUGCAGAUCGUCCAUCAAACGCUACACACACACCUGACGCGCCACACCUUCCACACCUCCUUCACCUACUUCCACCCUGACGUCAGCGGGACCAUAACGCGCCACACUAAAGCCACACAGCACUCAGCAACACAGCAACACUCAGAAACACCCAAAACAACACAGCAGGCAACACAAAUAGCACCUCAACACCAGACAACACCAAAAUCGAACACAGCAUUGCCAGAACUGAGUCACACGAAGUCCACAGAGCAUUCUACAACACAGCAACACCCUGGAACACUCAAAACAACACCACAGGCAACACAAACAGCCCUCAAAACAACGCCAAACACACAGACAACACUAGCACCCAACACAGUAUUGCCAGAACAGCGCUCAAACUCUUCUCAGCACUCAGAAACACUAAAACCAGCACCUCAGGCAACACAAACUCACCUCAAAACAACACCACAAGACCAGGCAACACUAUCACCCAACACAGUGUUGCCAGAACAGCGCUCAAACUCCCUUCAGCACUCAGAAACACUAAAACCAGCACCUCAGGCAACACAAACUCAGCUCAAAACAACACCACAAGACCAGGCAACACCAGCACCCAACACAGUAUUGCCAGAACAACACGCAAAACGUCCAUUACCAAAGCCAACACGAAGACGAUCAAAAGAAACACAAAUCAAAGCAACACAAGAGAAGUGGCCACCGAAGCAACACACAGAGACAACAACACAGCAACACACAGAAGCAACACAGCACCAGACAGACCCAAAACGACAACAACGACAGCAACACAAAACCAUGACUUCAGAACAACAAACAGCAACACCAACAAUACAAUCCCAGCAGCAGCACACAACACCCAGACGGAGGAUAGAGCAAAACAUCUUCAUGGCGCAACAGAGAUUCGCCGAAGCAACACAGCAACACAAACAUGAAGUAACACAAAAACAGCGACUAGAAUCAACACCGUCACAGCAACACAAGCAGACAGCAACACUACAACAGGAGGAAUCAACAGGAACACAGCAACACAAACUCAGAACAACACAAGCCACAGCAACACAAAAACAAGAGAAAGAAUCGACCACAGCAUUACAGCAACUCAAACAGACAGCAACACAAGACACAACAACACAAAAACAACAACCAGAAUUAUCAACAGAAUCACAACAACUCAAACAGACAACACAAGCCACUGCAACACAAAAAGAGGAGGAAUCAACACCCUCACAGCAAGGCCAACAGAUAGCAACACAAAUCACAGCAACACUACAGCAACAGGAAGAAUUAACAGUAGCAACACAGCAACUCAAACAGACAACAAAACUCACAGCAACACCAAAAGAACAGGAAGAACCAACACCCUCACCGCAACACAAUCACACAGCAACACUAACACAACAUCCAGAAUCCCCCACAGCGCCACAGCAACUCAAUCAGACAACACAAAAACCCAAAGCAACACAGCAGUUCUACAUCAGGCCAUUCAAAAAGCAACACAACGCAUCCUUCAGAACAGCAACACCUUACCAACCACCAACAACACAGCCUCAGCAACACACAGCAACACAGGAGACCGCAACACAGCCCAAGGAACAACACAGCAGCCAGGACCAACGCAACACACAGCCACAGAGCAAAACAGAGCAACACAGCGAUUUGGAACACUAUCUUGACGCAGAGGAGCAACACAACACGAAGCAACACAGCGACAUAGAACACAGCGAUACGGAGCAAUACACGGACGCGGUAGAACAACAACACCAGCAACACAGCAAAACCUCCUCCUCCUCUAAGCAACACAGUGACCAAGAGGGACACAGCAACACACAGGACAAACACAGCAACACAAAUGAAGACACAACAGAACCCCUGACCACCGAAACACAAACACAGGGAGAGUCACAGCAACACCCCAGCGAAAAACAGGAACAUACAGACGACCAGCAACACACAACAGCAACACAAAAAGAACAACAAGAAGAGGAGGAAAAGGAGGAGAAGGAAAACAACACAACACAAGAUAGCAGUGACACAGAGGCUGACCAACAAAACAACACAAAACAACAACAUCAACAGGGCAGCAACACCUCCGCAACACACGAACAACAAGAGCUAGACGAACCACAGACUCACACACACACAGACACACACACAGACAAACCAGGUGCAGGAAGCGACCAGGGGGAGACAGGACAGAAGGAUACCCAGGAUACCCCCCCGCAGGACUCCCCUCGUAGGAAGACCACCCCUCCCCUCUCCUCCUCCUCCUCCUCAAGACAGGAAAGAGACACAUACCCGGACGCCCAAGUCACCCUCAUAACCGAGACAAGACCAAGACCGAGAAGAAGCACCCCAACACAGAUAGUCACGCCCUUGAGACACCAGCACCCUCUCAUCGCGGCCCAGGAGGAGAGGCAGGGCGCGGGGGUGCCUGAGGAGGAGCCGCGGGAGGAGAGAGCGAAGGAGGAGGCGGCGGGGAGGAUUGGGCAGACUGAAGGGGCCACUGCGCUCUCUCUCCUCCCUCGCUCACGUCCCGCCCCCGAUGCUGACAGUCUCUUGUAUUGCCCCACGAGGCUGUUCAAGGUUGUGUUCAUUGGUGACAGCGGCGUGGGCAAGACUACUUUUAUACACAGGGCUUCCACGGGGGAGUACCGGUGUGACUUCGGGUCCACGGUGGGUGUUGACUAUCGCACGGUGGAGGUUCGGGCGGUGGGCGUGGUGGCGGUGUUGCAGCUCUGGGACACGGCGGGCCAGGAGAGGUUCCGAUCCAUCACCAGGCAGUAUUACAGGAACGCCGACUGUGUGGUGGUGAUGUAUGACCUCACCAGCGAGCACUCCUUCCUCAACGUGGUGGACUGGAUAUCCUCCGUACGGGAGGCGGGGUCCGAGGGCGUGAUGGUGGCCGUGGUGGGCAACAAGGAGGACAUGAGGGAUCAGAGGAGAGUUGACCUCAGCGCGGCCAACAGACUCGCCAAGAGCCACGGGUGCUUCGUGUGUGAGUGCAGCGCCGCCGUGGGCUCCAGCGUGCAGGAGGUGCUGACUGACCUCACCUCCCUCCUGCUCUCCGGCCAGUCCCUUCAGAUGCCAGUUCGAACCCCGGCCCUGUCCCUCAGCCAUCCCCGAGCGGCGGCCAAGACGUGCUGCAAGUCCUAGGAGUGUAGGUUAGGUUAGGUUAGGUUAGGUUAGGUAGUAGUAAUAGUAGAAGUAGUGGUAGUAGUAGCUGUUGUUGUUGUUGUUGUUGUAGUAGUAGUAGUAGUAGUAGUAGUAGUAGUAGUAGCCUAGUUGUUGUAGUUUCUUUUUUUUUUUUUUGGUUGUUGUUUUUGUAGUAGUAGUAGUAGUAGUAGUAGUAGUAGUAGUAAUAGUAGUGGUGGUGGAGUUGUUGUUGUUGUUGGUGAUGGUAGAACACUUUUUUUUUUUCUAAAGCACGUUAUAUUUCGUCUACUUUAUAUUUCGUUGUAUCCAAGUUUCAUAAAUCAUACCUACAUUAUGCAACAAAAGAGACUAAAUGUAUUAUGAUAUGCAAAACUGCCCAUUCUGUUCAUAAAUACGAAGCCUUUACUUAUUGUGUUACUUAGAACGUAUGUAUAAGUGGUGUAUUAAUGUAUUCAGUAUUAAGAAAAUUCACUUCAACUAAACUAACCAUGAAAGUGUGUUCUAUAACUUAAAGUGAUUGAUUGAUUGAUUGAUAAGUUAAUUGUUGAUUUUUAUUUUUAUUUCACCAAUUUGUUUUAUCACACACAAUUGUACUGAGGUAAAUGGGUGUCUGGGGAAAGUAAACGGUGGCAAACAUUCAUCUAUUUAUCAUAUUUAUCGAUUCUAUUUAUUUUAUUUAUGUCUACCUUAAAAAAUAUAAGCACUGCGCAACGUCCCAUUCUUUUGUUUAUAUACAGUACUUCAAUAACCUUCACUCAUUUGUAAACCUUUAUCUGUUUGUCAUAUUCAUUCUGUUUAUAUAUUUUCUUUAUCAUAUUUACCGUAUUUACUUCUUCCUUUGAAAAGAUAAAUACUGCGCAACGUCCCAUUCUUUUGUUUAUAUACAGUACUUCAAUAACUGUUGCACUCAUUU